CUUGCGUCUCCUUGUAACAUAAAGUUCAUCGUUUUAACAUGGGGACCAAAUUCAAAGUGAGGAGUUUGAAGAGUGACAGAAUGUAUGGAAUCGUAGCGAGAGAUCUGCGCGAUCUAAUGACAAAGGGAUGCCAGAAACUGCAGAUCCCACGUAAAGGAUGUCGCAUAUGUUUAGAUAAAGAUGGGACAGAAGUUCAUGCUGACAAUUUCUCAUGUCUAGAAGAUAACUGUAAGCUCAUUAUUCUGGAGCAGGGACAGCAGUGGAAUGGAAAGAUUUGCUACUACUUAAAUAAAAUACUUCAUGACCAAAAUAAUGAAGAAUUAAUUAUGAUUGCAAGACGAAUGUUAUCUGAUGAAACAGAACCCAGGAAAAAGAUGCUGCUCAAGUGCAUUGUUCAAAACAGCGCUGGAAAUAUAACAGCUGAAAAUCGUAAGGAUGACCAGGAAUGGUUUGAAGGUUUGGAGUCGCGAUUUAAAACCAAAUCUGAUUACAUGAGAUUCAGUUGUGGCAGAAGAAUGAGAAACUACCUGUCAGAGGUUAAAAGCCAUGCUGAAAAUGUUGAUAAAAAAGUGAAGGAGAAGUACUGUGCAUUUGUAGCAAGAAUAGAGAAGCUGCUUCAACAAAAUAAGUUCAAUGGUUGUUACUUUGAUAGGACAGCAAAAGAGAAUAGUCGGCUCUGCACUGACAAAGGAUGGUUUACUUGCCAGGUGAGUAUGAGUUGAUAGCUGAGUAACAUACAAGUUGAAACCUCAAGCCUGGGGUUUUCCUUGUUCUGUGUCUAUUCUAUGCUAAUUGAUAGAUAUUAGUCAUAUCAGUCAAUCACUCCAAUACUAUUUCAAAAAGCAAAAUAUUACAGAUGCUCAAGAAAUGAAGUAAAAACAAAAUGCUCAAAAUAUUCAACUUGUCAGUUAGCAUCUGUGGAGAGAGUAACUGAGCUAACAGUUCAAGCCGAUAAUCUUUAAUCAGAAUUGGGAAAAGUUAGAAAUGAAAUAGGUUUUAAACAAGCUGAGCACUUUCCCUCAUUUAAGAACAAAGGAGAAGUUCUAUGGCAGGACAGAAGACAGCCAAAAUUAAAUGAUGCAGAACCAAAGGAAUUGGCAAAUAAAGAAAAAAAAAAGUUGAAUCUUGAGCAGGCCAUACAGCUCCUCUUAUCUAAUCUGCUAUUCAAUAUGAUCAUUGCUGACCUUCUAUAAUAAUUCUUAUUUCCCAUAAUAUGGCCAUGACUCCAGAUUCCCUAAGUACCCAAAAUUUAUUAGUCCAUUUUUUGAAUCUACAUUUUGACUGAACAUCCACAGCUCUACAAGGCAGAAAAUUCCUAAGAUUCACAACUCUAAGUGGAGAAAUUUCUCCGACCUCAGAUCUAAAUGUUUGACCCCUUAUCUUGAGAAG